UUCUGAGCUAGAGAACAUUAUAGCGAGCUGAAUAGAGACCUUCGAAGGUCCAUCAAUGGCGGAAAUCUCUGAAACCAUGGGAACUGAAUUGUCGCCAUCAGAAGAAGAUAGAAAGGAGAACUCGGAGACAUUGAUAUUCGACCAUAAAACCAUGCGAAAGACAAAACCUGGAUUGAAGCGUCUGGCACUAACCCUAUCUGUUUUCUUCUCCUUCCUGUUGGGUUUACCAUGGUUGCUUAAAUCGAUAGAGAUCUAUCGAUCACCACUUCCGUUUCGCGAUAUAGUAUCACUAUCAAACGCAAUUGAUUCAAAACCGUUCUUAUAUCCGUGUAAAUUCCACGUAGUGUUCGUAAAUCUCGAUCACAGUACUCCAGUUAAGUCAAACGCUGAAAAGUUAGGGUUUUUGGUUACCAAUCACAUGUUACGAUUUGCUGAUCGGAAUUCCGUUUGUGGUACUUGUGAAAACAAUUACACAGUCUCAAUGAGCUUAGACUCCGGCAAUGAUUGUGUAGAAUAUGGCGACGUUGAUCAAGAGAGGGCAUGGAGAUGUGGAGCACUAAGCAAGUUGAAUCAUGAUGAGACCUUGAAGAACGAAGACAAUUUUGAUGAUUAUUUGGAAUCUGUUGUAGGAAGGAACAGGGUUUACACUGUUGUAGUUGUGAACACUGGUGAAGGGGAUAGGAUUAGAUCAGUGGUGGGGAAGUAUCGACAUGCUUGGAUUGUAGGUAGGGUUUCAGAGAUGAAUGUGCUCGCAGAGAAAGUAGCUGAAAUUUUCAUCAAGAUAUUUGUGAAUGGUCUGAAAGAAGAAGAGAGUAUCCAAGGGGAGUUUAUGCCUGCUGGUGCUGAUGGGAAAAUCGUGCUUUCUUUCAAUUUGUUGAAUGCUGAUCCAAGCGAUUGGAUUUAUGAUUGGGAUUUUCAGGAGGUAGAUGAGAAACUUUUAGCCCCUACACUUGAAGCAUUGGGCCCUAUAGCAAAUAUAAGUGUGGAAAGUCAGGUUCUGUAUCACACUCCAAAAUCUUCAUAUUCUUAUUGGGAUGCUGAACAGGAGAGCCAUGUCUUUAGCACCAAAGAUCUUCCAUUCUUUGUGAAUUCAAAUGAAUGGCACCUGGAUACUUCCAUUGCAGCUGGUGGGAGAUCAAAGAUUUUGCAAUUUGUGGUAUAUAUACCAUCUGCCAAUGAAUGCCCACUCAGGUUACAGCUUCCAAAUGGAGAGAUUUCAGUGACAAAUGGCUUUAUAUCUCCGACAUGGGGUGGUGUUGUAAUUUUGAAUCCUCCCAACUGCUUGGAAAAUACCAAUACCAAUAGCAUGCACCCUCUCAUACGUAAAGUUUCUCCCCAGGAAGUUAACCAAAUAUUUGAAGUUUUCAUGGGACAGCUUCGACAAUUAUUUGGUUUAAAAUCAAGUGGUUUCCACAAGGGUACAUCAGGAACAUCUCUUCUUUUAGCCAGUGAGAGAGGCUUUACAGAAUGGGAACUAGAUGUGUUGGCUCGUCAACAUGCAUGCUAUAAUCUUCGCCAAUGUGGCGCAACACUUGGGUCACUUUCAAGAUUGGUCCAGUCACUACCAAGAAUGAUCAUCAAGGAUGAGAUUGGAAAACAGGUGAAGUUUUCUCUCGAGGCUGCAAAGUUAGCUCAGAGUAAUGCAUCACAAGGCAUUUAUGAUGCCUCAGCUGUUUCCUCGAGGCAUGCAAGAUCAUUGGCUGAGGAUGCCUUCUUUCACCCAUCUGUAAUGUCUGUCAGUUACUACUCAUUUGAGCACAAUUUUGCUGUCUACUCGCCUUUCUUUCUGCCACUUUCACUACAUGUGAUUCUUGCGGUUGUGAGGGAGAUGAAAAGAUACAAACAAGAAACCCGAAAGUAUACAGCUUGGAAAGCUGCAAGAAAACCAGAAUUCUGAAGAUGUAGACCAAUUACCUCUUGUAUUCCAAAUGUUUUUUUAAUACAAAUUCGGACUUUAAUUAGAUUUCAUACGGAUUAAUGGUUGAUGGUGAAAAAA